CUCUUUUCACUCUUAUACAUGGCUGUUGCUGCGCUCAUUGAUUUCGUAACUACUACUCUGGCAUCCCACUUAUGGAAUCCUGUGAUUACACGCAUGCGAUACUUAUUAGAAAAGGAAGAGAUUAAUGGCAAGCUGGACAGCACAAUUAAGAAUCUAGAAGCCAUGAAACAGGAAAUCCAAAUUCGCCUUAUGAACUCUGAAAGGAAGCAAGAAACAUGUAACCCUGAAGUUGCAGAAUGGCUAGAAAAGGUGGCAGCCAUAGAAAGUGAAGUGGUUGAGAUGAAACAUGGGCAGAGGAAGAGAAGGGCACAGUCUUUCAGUUAUUGGUCAGAUUAUGAAACUGGUAUGCUGGCCGCCAAGAAACUCAAGGAAGCUGAGAGGUUGCAUGAAAAGGGAUCAUUCAAACAAGUUUCCAUUGAUAUUCCGCCAUGUUUUGUGCAAGAAAUGCCCACUGUACAUCCAACACAAGGAACAGACUGUAACCUAAGCAGAGUUCUCCAGUACCUGAAGGAUGACAGAGUUGGAAUUGUUGGCUUAUGGGGAAUGGGAGGAGUUGGUAAGACCACUUUGCUCAGGAAAAUCAACAAUCAUUUCUUGGAUGUAAUCGAAGAAGCCUAUGGAUAUGACCUUGUUAUUUAUGCUGUAGCCUCCAAGGCGUGUGGAAUAGGACAGCUUCAAGCAGACAUCUCUGAAAAGAUUGGACUCUUCCAGAAGCCAGGUUCUAGCAUUGAAACCCGGGCUUCAAUCAUGUUAAGUUUCUUGAGACGGAAGAAAUUCUUACUCCUGCUAGAUGAUUUAUGGAAUUAUUUGGAUCUAGCAGAGGUCGGUAUUCCAUAUCAUAAUGGCCCGAAUAAACAGAAGAUAGUUCUGGCAACACGUUACGAGAGUGUUUGUGGACAUAUGGAAGCUCACAGUGUGGUCUUUCUGGAAUGCUUGGACCCGGAGAAUGCUUGGAACUUGUUCAAAGAAAAAGCAAAAGAAGGAAUCAUUAAUUCAGAUCCUAGGAUUGAAAAGUUAGCAUAUGAAGUUGCAGAAGAAUGUGGUGGCUUGCCCCUUGCUCUUGUAACUGUCGGCCGUGCAAUGUCUACAAAGAAGACUUGUCAUGAGUGGGCACUUGCUUUGUCAUUUUUGAAGAAGUCUCGCAUUCAUGAGAUCCCAAAUAUGGGGAAUGUUAGCAACGUAUACACUAGGCUAAAGAUAAGUUACGACUAUCUGCAGGAUAAACAGAUCAAAGAAUGCUUCUUAUGUUGUUCUUUGUGGCCCGAAGAUUACUCAAUUCGAAAAUUUGAACUCAUAGAAUGUUGGAUGGGGAUGGGUUUGAUAGAGUAUGAUACUGUGGAGGAAGCAUACAACAAAGGUUACUCCAUUAUUGAAUACUUGAAGAAUGCAUGCUUAUUGGAGACCGGUUACCUAGAAGAUGACGUGAGAGUGCAUGACAUCAUCAGGGACAUGUCACUUUGGAUAUCUUCUGAUUGCACUGAAGGGCACAUGAAAUGCAUUGUUCAAGCAGGGGUAGGACUUCAUGACAUUUCUAACAGGGACAUCGAAACAUUUAGGUCAGCCAACAAGAUAUCACUCAUGUGCAAUUAUAUCACUCAAUUUCCUCAGGCCAUGAACUGUCCAAACCUGCAGUAUCUGUCACUACAGCAAAACUUUUGGCUGAAGGUGAUACCACCUUCUUUUUUAAAGAGCAUUUUAUCUGUGAUGUACUUGGAUUUUUCUUGGGUUCCCAUCAAGGAACUUCCAUCAGAGAUUGGCACACUAGUUGAACUCCGGUGUCUCAAACUUACACAAACACACAUUAAACUAUUGCCUAGAGCUAUUGGGAAACUAAGAAAGCUGAGGUUCUUGGACUUGAGCUAUAUGGAUUUGCUGGAGAAGAUACCUUAUGGUGUUCUUACAAAUUUGACAAUGCUAAAAGUGUUAAAUCUAUAUGGUAGCAUGUAUGCUGGCCACGAAGCAGAUUUAGAUUCAGAAAACCACAUGGAUUAUGAUGAGUUUAGAAUCGAAGAGUUAUCUUUCUUAACUAGAGAACUAAUAUCUCUAGGAAUAACAACAAAGAAAGUGACUACCCUCCAGAGGCUUUUUGACAUACCUGGAAUCCACUUGAGAUAUCUUGGUUUAUAUGAAUUGAAUGGGGGGAGGUCUCUUAAAAUCACUUUACCAGAAAGUAUCUUUGUUGUGAAUGUAAUGGGCUGUUUUGAUUUAAAGGACUUCAGUAUUACUAACAAGCCACAGUGUUAUGGAGAACGUCUUCCCAGGCUGGAGUUUCUCACCUUUUGGGAUCUUCCUGGACUGGAGAAGAUUAGUGUGGACCAUCUUCAGAACCUUCGUGUCCUUACAGUGGGGAGAGCUAAUCACCUGGUAAAUCUAUCCUGCAUUUUAAAUCUACCAUAUCUGGAGCAUUUGAAUGUGUCUUGCUGUGAUAACAUGAGGCAGCUAGUUGACAUACAUAGUGCUAUUAAACCAGAAGUGCAAUAUGAAAUACCUAUGCAUGGAUUUCGACAACUGAAAAUUUUGCAGUUAAAUUCAUUGCAAAGCUUGGAAAAAAUAUGUAAUUCUAAAUUGGAUUUUCCUUCUUUGGAAUACAUUGAUGUGUUUGCUUGCCCGAAGAUGAAGAAACUGUCUUUUGGGAAAAUGGCUGAACUGAAGAGGAUCAGAGGGGAGAAAACAUGGUGGGAUAAUCUUGAGUGGGAUAACGAAAGCAGUUCCUUGUCACUGUUUCCGUUUUUUAAAGCAUCGGAAACUUGUUCAGCAUCAUUAAGGCCAGAGUUAGAUACUACUGUGAUAUGCUCUUCACCUAAAGCUUUCUUCACCAAGAGGCAGCCCAUAUUGAAUUCUUCAGUACGGUUCACAUCUUAUCCUCAUGCAAUUUUUGAAACAGAAGAAUUUGAUGGGCGUUAG